CCGACUUGAAUGCAGUGUUGUUAAAUUCACGUGCAUACCUAUAUCCCGCCAACUACGAAGAUCGCGCCACGAUAUGUGUACCGCGUAAUAGUUUUUUUUUACGACAGUUUCACCGUUUGUACCUUCUUCACAAAUCAACAUGUUCACACGGUUUGAUGCCAAUAAAUCAACGAAAGGUGCAAGUAAACUACGAAGAGAUUUAAUCAACGCAGAAAUUGCGAAUUUACGAGAAUUGCUUCCAUUGCCUCCCUCAACACGCCAAAGGUUAUCACAACUUCAACUAAUGGCUCUAGUUUGUGUUUACGUAAGGAAAGCCAAUUAUUUUCAACAAGCUUUUAAAUGCCACGACUCCAGUCUGCAAGUACCGACACCUAAUAUUGGCUUUUCAAAGGCACUUAGUGGAUUUCUAAUGAUGAUGACACAAAAUGGCAAACUUCUUUAUAUCUCUGACAAUGCAGCGGAGUACCUGGGUCAUUCGAUGGAGGACCUCUUGAUUCACGGAGACAGUGUUUAUGAUAUAAUUGAUAAGCAAGAUCAUCAAGCCAUUCAGUGCGAACUCGGUCGACCAGUUAAUUCAGCCGGUAAUGGAAAUUCUAGCGAAGAAAUUAGAGUGUUUUUGUGUAGAAUGAACGUGUCUAGAAAUGCAAGAAGACAAAUGCGAUUCGGCGAUCAAAAGGUGGUUCUGGUGCAGGGCCGCUACUUGUCCUUCCUGCCUCUCUGUAGCCGCAAUGAGCCCGUUUUCUUGGCCACCUGCACACCCGUUGCUAUGCCCGAGACCCGGGAAUGCGUCGUCCAAGGAGCCACCAACGUUUUCACCACCAUACAUUCCAUGGACAUGAGAUUCAUACACACCGAUAACAAUGGAGAGUUCUACCUCGGAUUUCCGCGCAGCGAACUGCAGGGGGUGUCCUGGUAUCGGCUGCUGCACUGGGAAAGUACACGAGAAGCGCAAACCAAACACAGGCUCAUAACCCAAUCUGAACAGGAACGUUCUUGUAUAUUAUUAGCACGUUUUCAAAGAAGAUCAGGGGAGUGGAUUUGGAUGCAUUGCGUUCUUCAGGUGAAAGAAAGUUCGGAGAGCAACCAACAGCCAGUGAUAGUGUGUACAAAUCAGGUUCUCAGCGAAGCCGAAGCAGAAGUAAUGAGAAACAAUAGUUGGCUAUACCAUUAUUACUCGGUGCAAAACAAACUCCAGUAUGGACUUUCAUAUGAUAUGGGGCCAUCGACACGAUUGUUAUACUACCCAGAGCAUCACCCUGUUCCUGAUUUCCCUCCAGCUCAUGAACCUAGUGAUUACACCCACUUGACAACCAUGCCGGUAACCUUACAACCGCAUAUAACUCAUCACGCUGUAGCAUCCCAUUCCCAUCAUAGUCAACACCAUCACCAUCAUCACCAUCGCCAUCGACCAGACUGUGAGCCUGUAGAUUAUUCAUACAGCAAAAGGAAACCCAAAGAACUUAAUGCCCUUGAGCUAGAAGUAACGAAUAUGGAAACGGAGACGGCUGGGGAAAGUGCUGGCUUACUGGUUGUUGGACAUUUUUCAGAACGACAGAGGACUCUCCUCAAAGUCGAUCCUAGUGAACUUAUGGAACAAUGGAACCCAAGUCCGCCUUGGUCAGAUACGCUACAAAAAGUUCCUGACUUGUGUCAUCAAGAACUCAGUCCUUACAUAGGUAGUACUCCCCCUACACCUACUGCUACUCCUAGGACUCAUUCUGAAAAUGCUUUUUCUUUUGACUGGAUGCCUGAACAGUCUGUGCCAAGCUUGACGAUAGUGUCGACGACAGGGGAAGAACCGGAACACCAGCAAUGUUGGCAUAGUGAACAUCGUCUUUUUCCUCUUCAGCCACCCCCUAAAAGAAACUACUCCUCGGAAUCUACUGAUAGAGUGUCGCCUUGACGAUGUGGUGGUACUCUAGCCUAGAUCAAGUGCAAUAUCGUGCUUCCUUAUUUAUUAUUUUCUUUUUAUAUUUUUGUAGUACAAAUUGCACGGGACGGU